AGUCCAUUUCUACCUCUCUCCCUCGCCAUAUUAUCCUGCUUUGGCCGCGUCUUCAAACAUCUCCGCCGUCGCCACUUCCCAGCAGCCAAUUAAAAAGCUUCCAAAAGCAGCCGGUCGAAUCCUCUUCUGGAAAUGACUGGAGCUGGAUCUGGAAACCCCCUUUCCCUAUCUGAGCAAUAUGCACUGAAGGAGGAGGAAAAAUCAGAUGCGGCUACAAAACCAGCAGAAGCGAAAGAGGUUGAAAAUCCUGUGAAUGCUGCUUCUGUGGAAGUUGUCUCUGAGAAAGUGGAGGCUUCUGUUGCUGCAGUUGAGGAAAGCACUGAAGCCGUUCCUGCUUCUGCUGAAGAAAGCACUGAAGCCAAUACCACUGCCGAGAACAGUGGUGAAGAUGCUCCAGCUGCAGCAGAGAACUCAGAUGAUGCUGAAGAAACACCAGAGAUUAAGCUUGAGACUGCCCCAGCAGAUUUUCGCUUCCCAACUACAAACCAAACAAGACAUUGCUUCACACGAUAUAUUGAGUACCAUCGUUGUGUUGCUGCAAAAGGAGAAGGUGCUUCAGAGUGUGAUAAGUUUUCGAAGUAUUAUCGUGCCUUAUGUCCUGGAGAAUGGAUCGACCGAUGGAACGAGCAAAGGGAGAAUGGCUCUUUUCCGGGACCUCUGUAAAAGGUACUGUCUAUCGGAAAACCUUGACCACAGAUGAAUUUGUUAAAUGAAAAUCCUAUUUAAAAGGAUGAGGUAAUAAGAAAUUCUGGCGUGUAUUUUAUACAAAUUAGAUCAAGGAUGAAAACCUUUGCUCAUAA